AUGCCAUUCGAAGGACUCAAGACUUUCAAGCUCAACACUGGAGCCGAGAUUCCCGCCUUGGGCCUGGGAACCUGGCAAGAUGCCGACGCUCAAGAAUCUGCCGUUCGCGAGGCGUUGAAGGCUGGAUACAGACACAUUGAUACCGCACGAUGCUACGGUACUGAAGGAUCCGUCGGCAAGGGCAUCAAGGCGAGUGGUGUCCCACGGGACCAAAUCUUCGUGACGACGAAGCUGUGGAACAACAAGCACCACCCGGAUGAUGUUGGUCCCGCGUUGCAGGACUCGUUGAAUGACCUCGGCAUUGAAUAUAUCGACUUGUUCCUGAUGCACUGGCCUGUGGCCUUUAAGCGUGGGGAUGAGAUGUUCCCCAAGGAUAAGGAUGGCGAUACUGUGACUGAUGAUAUCGACUAUGUCGACACCUACAAAGCCAUGGAGAAACUCCUCAAGACCGGAAAGGUCAAGGCUAUCGGUAUUAGCAACUUUGCCAAAAAGGAAGUCGAGCGUCUGAUUCAAUCCACCGAAGUCGUCCCCGCCGUUCACCAGAUGGAGUGCCACCCUUGGUUGCAGCAAAAGACCUUUAUGGAUUACCACAAGGAGAAGGGUAUCCACGUCACCCAGUACUCGCCCUUUGGUAACCAGAACGAGAUCUACAAGGCCCAGGAGAAGCACGGGAAACUCGUGGACGACAAGACUCUCAUCGAGAUUGGAAAGAAGUACGGCAAGAGCUCGAACCAGGUUGCUCUCGCAUGGGGGAUUGCCCACGGCCGCUCGGUCAUUCCCAAGUCCAAGUCUCCCGAGCGCAUUGCCCAGAACUUCCAGGGCGUGUUUGACUUGGACCAGGCCGAUAUCGAAGCCAUUGACAAAAUUGAUAAGAAGUUGCGCUUUAAUGACUCCAGUGACAGCUUUGGAUACAAUUUCUUCACUGACUUGGAUGGCAAGGAGAACUAA